CCGCUCGGUUUUUCAUUUCUACAAAGCGUAUAGCCAUGUGGUGGUGGUAUGACAUGAGUAUGUUUGUGCGGUCUCUUCACCGGUAAUAAUAUUUCGCCCCCGUGGAAUAUUACAAGGCCUCGCUUCGUUGUAGAAAAGAGUCAGCUGUGUCAUUUGCUCGAGUGAUGUCACUGGUGAAAGUCCUACGCCGGGGCUAACCGUUCUACCUAACGUCGUUCUGCGCUGCAACCGUUCGACCGGUUUGUUUAGAGAAACUGGACCGCCACGUUAUUUUGGAGGCAGUGUAGCCGUUUAGGAACUCGGUGGGUCACAUCUUGCUGGUCGGCGAGUCUGACGAUGCUGCUGCAACGCCUUCCCCGCGUUCUGGCUGCGUCCGCUGCCGAGGCCAACCGUGCGAGCACGUCGCUACUGGGAAGCUGUCGCCGCUGCUUCAGCGAUGACGCCGACUGGAAGCGCACGAAGAGACAGAUACCCGUCAACACGAGCGACGACUACGUGGGCACCGACUCGAAGCCCGGCCCACUCGAGUCGGUGGGCUCGAUGUUCAAGGGAAUCGGGGUUGACUUCGCGGCCACCCUGCAUAACAUACCGGCCUACUUCACAGAGAGAGCCGUCUUCGAGCGGAAGCUGCGUCGUGAAAGGAUGCGACGUUUGUCGAGUCAAAAAUUCUUUCCAGAACGCCACGGUAUCCUGGGUCCCGAUCUGGCUGCUGCAUCGUUCCUCAUCUUUCGAGGGGCGCUCAUCAAGUUCCACGACAAGGACGAGUGGUACAAGAAGACUGAAGAUGAUGAGACUGGCCUUCCACUGAGGCAGGAACCAGGAUGGGUCGUCGAAGCCAUCGACGCUUCCAAUGCCGAGCUCUACUAUGAGGGCUUGGACAAUCUCACAUGUCUCGACGGUCUUAAGGCUCUACGGCUGGCUGGUAAUCCAAACGUGGACGACUGGUUCAUGGACAGGCUAAGCCAGUUCAGGGAUACCUUGGAGCACCUGGACGUCUCUGGAUGUCCUCAAAUCACAGAGCAUGGCUUGGCUGCCCUCUACAGGCUGAGGAAGUUGAAGACCAUAACGCUAGCCCACCUGUCUCACAUUAAGCACAUAAAGCUUGUUGGCUUGAUGUUGGAGGAAGCCAUACCGGGCUGCAGAGUGCUUGGCAUCAGCUACUUCGACUAUGAUGCACCGUCUGAGCAGAAUCGGGAGACCUCGUCUAGCGAAGCCCACGCAAGGCCGCUUAGACAGUAGAAGGAGCAGUUUUCGCCACCAGAAAAAAUGGAAGGUGUUUUGGAGAACUCGCAAAGAAAAAGUGCCGAGAGAAGCACAUAGAUAAACUGCAGCAUUGUAAAUAUUAGGCAACUUCUGAAUUUCAAUGUGGAAGUAAAUUUCCCAUUUACCGAA